ACUGCAAGUGUUCACCACAACAAACAAUCCCUGAGAUGAGGUUGCUAUCAUUAAUCUGUGCACCCGCGGCUAUACUGAUAGCCAAAAAUGUGGUAGCUUUCGCUCCUCGGACAUCCAGAAUCGGCACAAGCCGUGGCGGAACAGAUGUUAUUUUUGGAAAGGAGCCGUCUGACUCAUCUAGGCUGACCCGAGUGAAUGUUUUGUUUGCGCAAGAAGAUAAUAUCAAYUCCAUUGAUGAAUCUGCAACUUCCGAUGCUGUUGCAGAAAAAUAUGGCUUCGAUCAAAAGACAACUUCGCAACAGCAAACUGCAAUGCCACCAGCGACACAGCAAACACAGUCUGAUCGGUUGCGUCGAUCUCUCGACGAAUCCGCCAAGUUUAAAGUACGGAACGACGCUCGGUUCACCUGGCUUUCAACCCUACUCGUGUCAGGCGUCUAUGCGUACGGCUGUUUGGCUCCUGAUGGGGAACCUUUUUUGGGAUCACUAGGAAUUCCAAGUGGAGGGAUCGUUGGAGGAGUGGCUGGUGUUUUCUUUAGUCUCAUUUCCAUUGUCUUAUUUUUUGCUCCAGAGUUGUUUGCAAAAAAAAGGUGAACUUCGAAACUUGCUGGGCAUUGAUAGUGGAACAUGAUUGGAGCCCUACAUCAAUUUAUCACUAAUUCAUGGUUGGCAUUCAAUCCUGUUGGACACUAUACGAUGGGAGAAUAUUCUUCGCUUAUCCAUCGAAGUCACAAAAAUGAAAUUUGUUGGUUUGAAACAAAGACAAGAAGGAGAAGGUCGUUUCGAGACCCCGAUCCUUGAAGAUUUGAYAGGUACCAGACACUUACGCUUGACAUCUUCGCUGUUGAUUGCGGUGUAGAAUACAAAGCUUUUCUUCGUCCUACUUUUCUAUGCGUGACUACGAUUAUCUUCGAUUGACCAUACAUAAUGCGAAUAAGAACGGCGAAAUAAUCCAUUAUUCAAGUGGGCAAGAUAUAACAGUUUCCCUUCGCAUUUUUAUAUUCGCUUUGGCAGUACCGUAGGAAUCAAGAACCGUUCGAUUUUACCUCCACACAUCAAAAAACACAUUUAACGAACCGCGUGCUAUAUACUACUGACUGGCUCAUUCGUCACCCCAUAAUUAGGUAGGAGCAACCAAUACGGAAUCUUUCAAUGAUUAAAGUAAACCAUUGAUGUUCACUAGUMGAAAAAAGUAAGAGGCGWCAAAGGUCMGAACCUCACGCAGAGCAAUCAUGUUUUACAAUGCUCAGCGCAAGUAGCGGACUAAGACUCCCUUUGGAAGUGCCAAGAAUCUCGCUACAAAUUUAAUGUGAUGGUGGUCGUCACGGGUAGUUGAUGAGAAUUUAAUCAAGUUUUCAUUGAGUUUUGCUGAAAGAAAACAAGAAGCUCAUUUGGUCUUCUAUUAAAAACCAUCAUCUGGGAUUUGCACUGUUAUACCAUCGAAAUUUUCUUGUACGGGGAUCUGGCAUCCCAACCUUGACGUUUCCGUUACCUCAAAAGCCAAAUCCAACAUGUCAUCUUCUUCGUCUUCUUUUUCCGGGAGAGUAUCAUAUAUUUCGGGAUCGAAUAUCAAAUGACAAGUACUGCAGGCUAGCUCACCUCCGCAUGCUCCCUCCAACUCGAUAUCAUUCUCGUGUGCAACAGUCAUCAAAUCUGUCCCGACUUCGGCAUCCACAGUGGUGGAGGUCCCAUCCGGGUCGACGUAGGUUAUUGCGACAGUUUUUGCAGCUGGUGGAGAAGACGUAUAAGGUCUCUUUGCGGUCCUAUGGCCGCCUGUCGUAAUUACCCCGUACCGAUACCUCUCUGUGAAUGUUGAUGAUGAGAGGAGACAAAGCUGUGGGGCCCAACUGGCCCGUUGUAUUGAAAGCUUAGAAAUCUUCGUCGCUACCGAUCGGAUCAUUUGACUCGGUAUGAUGUGAUGCGUAUGAAAAUAGAGAGAGACAGCAGUGUUUCGGCCGUUCGGAAAUACAAUGGUAAUUAAUGU